AUAGCCGUAUGUACAUUUUGCCGUGCUGAUCGAGGAAGAUACAACAAUUUCCCUGAACGAAGCAACUGCUCGGAAAAAAAAUUCCUUUAAAAAAAAAAAAAUAGCAACUUAGCUUACCAAAAGCGGCAAAAAAUAUAGAACAUGCAAAAGCGAAACGUGAGCCGCUGUGCUUAGCUGAAAUGAAUUUGCGCUUUUCAACAUCGCCAUGUGAAAAACGAUGUAACCCCAAAAUGUACCAUCUUUAAAAGCAUAGCAGUGGAGGAUUUUUCUCGUCGAACUUUUUACGCCAGUUUUGUGAAGGCUGCGUAAUAAGCGCGAAAAGAAUAUAUAUGCAUAUAUGUACCUAUACGGCGAACUGCUUUCCAUUUGUUUUAAUUUUUCCCCUUUUGGCGCGCGAAUUCCCCCCCGCGCAAGCGCUGUAUGUAUAUAACGCGCCAACAUAUUGGGGAAGAAGAGCUCACGCAGUUGGAGUAGCAGCAUAGCAGCAUAGCAACGCAGCAGCGCAGCAACAUAGCAACUUCAUUGCUGUUGCACAGUUUGGCAAAAUUUGAAUACAUUUUUACGCUGAGGCAAAAUGACAGACGCAUUUCGAGGCGGAUCCGGGAAUUUCAAAAAAGGCAACAAAGAUUUCAAGAAAGGAAACAACAAUAAUAACAAUAACAAUGCCGUGCGCAAGGGAGGCAUGUGGAAGGGCAACAAUGGAGGACGAGGCGGAGGUGGUCCAAGAGGUGGCGGCGGCGGAGGAAGAGGUGGAGGUGGUCCAAGAGGUGGCGGCGGAGGAGGAGGAAGAGGGGCUAGGGGAGGAGGAAGAGGCGGAGGCGGCCCAAGAGGUGGCAGCGGAGGAGGAAGAUUUGGAGGUGGAAACAAUAACAAUAAAAAAAAUUUCAAAAAAGAUGGAAAAUCAGGAAAAGUUAUUGUAGUGCCUCAUAGAUUCCCAGGAGUCUUUCUCCUAAAAGGAAAGUCAGACAUUCUUGUAACCAAAAAUCUGGUCCCAGGGGAAAGUGUCUAUGGAGAAAAAAGAUACGAAGUAAUGGGAGACAAUGAAAAAAUAGAAUACCGAGUUUGGAAUCCUUUUCGUUCCAAAUUGGGUGCAUGCCUAAUGGGUGGUGUUGGCAACAUGCCCAUCAAACCAGGGUGUAAAGUUCUCUACUUGGGGGCAGCCAAUGGAACGUCCGUAUCUCACGUAUCAGAUAUGGUAGGCGACGAAGGAGUUGUUUAUGCCGUUGAAUUUUCCCACAGGUCAGGCAGAGACCUAACCAACAUGUCAAAAAAGAGGUCCAAUGUUGUGCCCAUUGUAGAGGAUGCUAGACAGCCAAUUAAGUACCGUAUGCUAGUAGACAUGGUGGACGUCGUUUUUGCCGAUGUGGCACAGCCAGAUCAGGCACGUAUUGUUGCUAUGAAUGCUCAUAUGUUUUUAAAAACUGGAGGAUGGUUUAUAAUAUCUAUUAAGGCCAACUGUGUGGAUUCUACUGCCAAACCGGAGGUCGUUUUUGCUUCCGAAAUGGAGAAAUUGAAAAAGGAAAGUUGUAAACCGAAGGAGAAGCUAACAUUGGAACCCUUUCAUCGUAACCAUGCCAUCGUUUUGGGCAUGUAUAGGUAGGAACUCCCAAAGGUUUAGGGGUAUUCACCUGGGCGGCAACCCGCAUUGUUUGUAAGUAGCGCGUCACAAUCAUGCGGCGGGGGUAAACGCAUCCUCCACCGCACACACCUUUUGCUGCAUCACCAGCCCCAUUUGAGAUUCGAUAAAAAAAGAGGAGCAAACGAGGAAUGACCCACAAAGAAGACAAAAAUGAGGGGGCAAAUAAAACCAAACCUGCCAUAUAGGUUACCUCGAAAGAAGGCGAAACCGUUUUCGUGUUGCUUCCCCGCCGCAGCCCCACAUGUACAGUAAUGUAAAAUUAUUUUUAUUAACCCGAAUGCGACGCGAAGGAUGUGUGCUGGGUGCACGCCCGUUCAAUUCGCAGCGACUUCGCGCUCGCGGAUGCACGCACACACCACAGAUGUUCACAUCACACACGUUCGAAGCGGAUGUCCUCUACCCCCCCUGUCAUCUUCCCCUCGUUUUUGAUAUUUGCAUUCGUAUAUGUGUAGUGUAUCAACUUUGCACAUUAGAGGACACCCUUUUUAUGGCUUCACCCAUUUUGCUCAUGGAGCGUGCGCAGCUUUUUUGUCAAUCAGUAUGUUUUUUUUUUUUCCUCCCCGUGACUAUGCCACGUUUUUUAUUAUUUUUUCCCCCUUGGGACCACCAAUUUUAAAGUAUGCAACUU